CUCGUCGCGAGAGCAUCUCGUGCGCAAAAGUGACCCCGCGUUCAUUUUUUUUCCGCGCUCCCUGCCUGUCGCGCGGACGCGUGCGUCUCGCUUUUCGACUGUACAUUGUGGUCAAGCGAGGGGACUCGCGCUCUCUCUCCGUCCGGAAAACUCGGCCUUCCCCCACCUGCCGUCUCCCGCCCCUACUCGAAAGCAAAGGGCGCGUUUCGUCCGCAAGAGGGGCUUUUCUCGGUCGGAGAUUCCUUCCCCGCUCGCGGACAGCGCGUCGCGAGAUCAAGCCGAUAAGUAAUAUACAUUUUUUUUUCUCUCUCUCGUUUGCUCGCUCGCUCGCUCGCUCGUGGCGCCGAUAAACGCCCGAGCGACGAGUUUGCAACACACGACAGCGUGCCAAAUUUACACUGUCGAGGAGAGGGAGAGAGAGAGAGAGGCACGAUCGUCGCGCGUAAUUUCCCCGGCUGUCGCGCUUUUACUUUUCGCACUCGCGGCGAGGAAAAAGAGUGGAAUCGAUUUCCGAAUCGCCGCGAGAGACGCGGCUCGGGGGCAAUUGCGGAAAGCCGGUGCAGCGGUAGUGCCAGUAGUACGAGUCAACAUACACACACGCGCUACCUGCUACUCGGAGAGAGAGAGAGAGAGAGAGAGAGAGAGAGAGAGAGAGAGCGAGAGAGAGAGAGAGAGAGAGAGAGAGAGAGAGAGAGAGAGAGAGAGAGAGCGAGCGAGAGAGGUGCAUCUCAGGGUUAGAAGAGUGCAGCUCAAGUCAAGAGCAAGCGUGAGACGGCCACACGGCAAAAGCACAUUGCGCAUACGCGGCAGUCGUAGAGAGAUAGUGCAACGGUGCUGCAAGUGGGGGUCGAGUUGUGUUUCAUUCAUAAAAAAGUUCUUUAUUACCGUGGGCGCUCGCGCUCGCUCGCUCGCGAGAGAGAGACAGAGAGAGAGAGAGAGAGAGAGCGAGCGGCAGUUGGCACUUCCCCCCGCGCGAGCGCGCAUGUGCCUGGCUGCAGCCUUUGGACCAAGUGAAAUCGAGAGGGAGAAAGAGGGAGAAAGAGAGAGAGAUAGCGAGAAAGAGAGUGAGUGAGAGAGAGAGAGAGAGAGGCAAGCAUCUGCGGGGCAGCAGUGUGCAGAGCGUGGAGCGGUAAAAGCGUGCCGCCGAGGCAGUGUCGUCGUUUUGCGAUCACACGCUGUGCAGCAGCGGCGGCGGCGGCAACCCUCCCCACUCCUGCGACCACUCCGGUCUCUCUCUCUCUGAGUCGCACCGCGGCUAUAAGUCAAAAACGGCCUGGGCCCUUGACCAGUGAAGCGCCAGACAGCGAAGAGUUCAGAGCUGCUUAGUACCUACAGUGUGAGCUACUACAGUGUCCCGUGCGACUUCGCUAUUGACAGUUUGAGUUGAACGAACAGUUCGGUGUGUGAACAUUCGCCAUCGAGCAUCAGUGUGUUCGGGUGCCUACCGCGCGUCCUCGACAAGACCCAAACGCCGAGAUCGGCAAGUCCAGUCAGGCGAUCGGCGAGCCCGCAGUGCCGGUCCAACGCCCUCGGCAGCGAACCACGACGGCUAACCUGGAGCAACGCUUCCGAGCUCAGGUGCAACAACAGAUCCUCAUCGGCAUGCGCGGCGAAGCAGCAGCCGUGGCCGCCGCCGCGGUCGCGGCCGACGACAAGAAGCGCUCCGUUCGCUCCAUCUCCGCCAACGACAAGCUGGAAGCCAUCCAGCGGGUGCGAGAGGGCGAGAGCAAGGCCUCCGUGGCGCGAGACAUCGGCGUGCCCGAGAGCACGCUCCGCGGCUGGUGCAAGUCCGAGCACAAGAUCCGCAACAUGGCGCGCAACGCGUCCACGACCCCCGACAGCGACGCGGCGCCCUCGCCCGCCUCCUCCGGCGGCCGCCCCGCCAGCUCCUCCGGACGCCGUCCCCGCUCGGCGCGCUCUGCCCACAGCAGCGAGGACGAGUAUCCGACCAGCGCACCCAAGCGCCGGCGCCGCAACGAGGCCCAGCCGCUGAACCUCGCGGCCGGCCAGCCCAGCGCCUCCGACGUGACCGGCGCCUUCAACGCCAGCUACAUCAACCUGCUGAAUAGCCUGAUCAGCAGCAGCAACUCCAGCCAGGCGGCCAUGCUCUGCCAGCAGAUCGGCGCCCUGCCCUCCACCUCGUCCAUGUCGCAACAGCCUCAGCAGUCGCACCACCACCAGCAGCCGCAAGCCCAGCAGCACCAGCAACUGCAGCAGCAGCAGCAACACCACCACCAGCAACUCCUGCAGCAGCAGCAGCAGCAGCAAGUGUCGUCGUACGUGGAGAGCGUCUCCCAGUUGAACGGCAGGAGCCUCAAGCGUCCAUCCACUUCGUCGGCGAUCGCGCCCACCUCCGUGUCCAAGUCGGCAGCCUCCAGGAGGUCGCUGCCGGCGGCCGCCGAGGCACCCCACGCCUCGGUGCCGCUGUCGCCGAGGCGCUGCGAGGCCGCAGCCGUGCACCAGCAGCAGCCACAGCAGCCCCGGCUCUACCAUUACAACCAGAUGCCCGUCGGCGCCAACGGGUUCUUCGAUCCCAACGUGCUCACCCCGGAAUCGCUCGCCUGGAUUCUCACGCAACUGGAGUUCGCCUGCCAAAACAGAACGCUCAACCUGGCCGAGACGCCCUUCUGGUUCUGGGAGCUGUGCAAGAACUACGGCGCGUUCGCGACGGUCAUCGCCUCUAGAUUUUUCUUCAAUGACACGGCGGGACUGAGGAAGCUCGCCACCGAGCAGCUGGCCCUGCGCCGGCAAAGCAUGAAGAAGGCCAAGAACCAGUCGCAGCGACCCUCGCCCAGCCAGGCCAGGGCACUGGUCGAGAGCCUGGUCUGCAUGAACAACAACGAACUCGCCCGCACCAGCCUGAACCUGCAGGCCGCGGCCGACGGCGUCCAGCCGGCCGAACAGAGGACCAUGAGUUUCGCGGAGGGCAUGCACCACGGCCGGAUGUUCGCCAAGUGGCUCCAGUCGUACAGCGACCCGGCCAUCUGCGCCUCGAGCAUCGUCCAAAUCAACGUCAUGAUGAACAACCUGGAGAGGAAGACGGAACCGGUCCCGAGGAGGGAACGCAAGUGCAUCCCGUCGCCGAUCUACAAGUAAGCAAAGCGAAACCGCGCGAGACACCGAGUCCCCCGACUGAGCGCGACUUCGGUCCUCGCCUCUUGUAUUAUACUUUCUACAUGUAAUAAGUCCCUCGCUUCCGCUCGCGGUAGAAUCGCAAGAACAACAAUGGUGCUGUGAUUACUUUAUCGAACGUAAGCGCGCGACAGCUUCUCUCCCGGAGAGCGCACGGACGGCGCACCUCAUAUAUACAUACACGCUUUUACAGCCAUUUGUAAUAUAUAUACAUAUAUACGUGUUGUGCGAGCAACAAGUUGCCUCGCGUUAUACUUUUGUAGCAAUCAUCUUUCUCCCUCUUGCUCGCCGAUGUAUAUUCUCGGGACCCCGCGCGCGCGCGCGCCCGCGCUCCUCUUUUUCUUUCGGUCACUGUGACUUGGAUGCGCGCGCGCGGGGGUGGGCGACGACGACGUUGCUCUUCGCGACUUAAUCGCCAAAACAGAUCGAGAGAGCAACCGAGAGGUGCGUGCGCGCGCGAAAGCGUGAAAAAGGGAGAGAGGCGAACGAAACGGACAGAGGGGGGAGAGAGAGAGCGCGCGGGAGGGGGGGGGGUGCGUGUGUGACGAGAGCGCGGGUGUGCGCCAAUUACCGAAUGGGGGGGUUGUGAGAGAAAAAGCCCACGGAGGGAGAGCCAGAGCAUGCGCGAAAUAUAGGUCGAACGUCGAGUUUAUAUAUCGUUUCUGCUCUCCUGCACUCCUCCCCUUGGCUUUUUUUUUUCUCGCUCCUUUCUCUCGCUCUCUCUCUCUCUCUCGCUCUCUUUCGCUCUCUCUGUCUUGCUCCCACGUCUUUGUUGAUAUACAUAAUUCAUAUUUGUGAGGCGCGACAAGUCUCUUCCGUAUUUUAGCGAUUAUUUAGUUAGGGAUUAUUAGUUUUACUUUAGUGGCGUUGUACAUAUUCGUAUAUAAAGAUAUAUAUAUAUAUAUGUGUGUGUAUAUAUAUAUAUGUAUGUAUAUGUAUAUGUAUAUAUAUGUAUAUAAAGACAAAAAACUUUAAAUAUCAACCAAAUCUCGACUUGUAUUCGUGUGAUUGUAAUUUAUGAUGAUUACCGAGUCGUAGAACAAAAAAAAAUGUAGAUUUAAGUGUUGUUGCUAUAGAUUUGAAUAAAGAAAAAUAAUAAGUAUAGAAAAUGAGAUUUAAUAUUAUUCGAGUCUAAAAAGUAUAUAAAGGUGCAUCAACUCCUUUUUUAGUGAAAUUCAUAAAUCAGUUUUAUUAAUUACUAUUUUUUUAAUUUUGCAACGCAUUUUCUUUGUUUUGAAAAAAAUAUCUAUAAGCACAUUGAGUCGCUAUUUAGUAAAUAGAUGAAAAAAUGACUGACACAUAGGUAUAUAUAUAUACAUAUAUAUUAAUAAGCGAGACAUUCUUUUCCUGCGAUGUAAAAAAACCUGUUGUUUUUUAAAUUCGUCUUUUCCUCGUUUCUCGCUCGCUAUGAAAUAAUUUUAUCUCGGAAUUAGUGGAAUAACGAACAAUGUGUCGGGACAUUGUGAGACUCGCGGAUUCUGAAAUUAGAAAGCCACGUGUGGGCUACUGCUAAAUCUCAUAAUGAGCAAUCAACUGCAUAGCCAAUACUAGUCCCUCCCCAAAAGGCGAACCGCGCGGACGAUCGAUCAUCGCUGGCAACCGCGACUUCCAUUCGCUCGCGAAAACUGGCACUUCAGCGAUGACAUCUUGUGAUAUCGCUGCCUCGCGCGCGCGUACAAUUAAGUGAGGAAGCGGGAGGGAGCAAUGAACGAAAAUAAAAUGACGUGCAAAAACGUGGAUUUGAAACUCGCGCGCGCGCUCGAUCUCAUUGUUUAGGACGGCCGGGAGACACCGCGACGCCGGAAGCAAAGAGCGGCGAGAGCCGAAGAGAAACGAAAACCGCGGCGACCUCUCGACGGGAGCGGCGUGCGUUCCCCGCUAUUCUGGUCGCGCUCUACCUUGCGUCCCGGCCACGUGCAUGAUAUUAAUGCGCGAAUCGAAAGCGAAGCACGUGCGCGCGCUCGUCGGCGCUGAAAAAGAGCGAGAGAUGGAGCCUCCAGUUGUGAUGGAGAGCGAGCCGCGUAGCAGACGACGACUACGACGACGGCGACGCGCGCGCCCGCGCUCAUGGAAUCGUCCGCCUUGCUUACCAGCCGAA